AUGAGAUCGUUUGCCGUUUUCGUUGGCCGCUCCGGGCUGAGAUGAUAUAAGAGCGAAUCUUUUUUCGAAAUAAUAAUGGAGCAAGCAAUGGAGUGUCCUUUGACUAUGAGCGUCGGUGUUUUACUGGGGACAUUCGAAAGUAUCGCUGGCCCGAAUGGCAAGGUCUCGAAGGAGUCCUUUUUAAAAAUAGCUAAAAAUGAAAUUCCAGGAGUUGGCGAGGAAAUAUUCCAAGGCUGUGAUAUCGAUCAAGAUGGGUACAUGGACUUCAAGGAGUUCUGUAUUUUAGUCAUGACUCUCGCCGCAAGCUCCGAGGAACUGAUGGCCAACGCGAAAGGAAAAUGCAAGAAAUGA